AUGACCGUCCACACCGUCCCAGCCACCUGUCGCGCGGCACGCAUCGUCAACCCCGGCCCUGAUUUCCAGCUCGUCAUCGACGAAGCCUUCCCCACGCCCCAGGCCGGGCCGGGGCAGAUCCUCGUCGAGAUGAAGGCCUCGGGCGUCUGCCAGUCCGACUUUCACGCGGCCAACGGCGACUGGGGCCACCCGCCCAACGACGGCGUCACCUGCAUGGGCCACGAGGGCGCCGGCGUCGUCGCGGCCGUCGGCGCCGGCGUGACCGGCUGGAGCGUCGGCGACAAGGCCGGCUGCCCGCCGCUCUACACUGCGUGCCAGGCGUGCGAGUUCUGUGUCGCUGGAGCCGAAUCACUCUGCGCAAAGCGCGAGCUCCUCGCCGUGCACCGCAACGGCACGUUCUGCCAGUACGUCGCCUUCGACGCCAAGUUUGCCGUGCCGCUGCCCGACAACGUGAGCUACGAGCAGGCCGCGCCCUUCAUGUGCUCGGGCGGCACGGCGUUCGCAGCCCUCAAGGCGGCCGGGCUCAAGGCAGGCAACUACCUCGUUGCCAUCGGCAGCGCGGGCGGCGUGGGGCACAUGGUCGUGCAGUUCGCCAAGGCGAUGGGGCUGCACGUCAUCGCGGUCGAUGUCGGUGCGGACAAGGAGGCUGGCACGCUUGCGUGCGGUGCCGAGGCGUACAUCAACGUCACGAAGGAGAAGGAUCUCCCGGCCAAGGUCAAGAGCCUCACGGGCGGCCUUGGGGCCCAUGGAGUGAUCGUCACAGCUGGCAGUGGCAAGGCAUACGAGUCUGCCCCGCCGCUCCUCCGCCCGCUGGGCGUGCUCGUGGCCGUAGGCCUCCCCGCCGCCGGCACGGCCAUCGCCGGCGCCGACCCCGGCCUGGUCUGCUUCUCUGGCCUGACGAUCCGCGGCAUCCUCAUCAACUCGCGCGCCGACAUGGAAAAGGCGAUCAGCUACCUCGAGUCGGGGCAGGUCAAGGAGCAUAUCCAGGUGUUCCCGUUCGCGCACCUCCCGCAGGCGGUGAGCGACGUCGGCGCGAGCAGGACGCAGGGGCGCGCAGUGGUCGUGUAUGCUCAGUAG